CACGCUGCAUCCCUGCGGCGCGUGCUCUCUCUCACUGACUGGCAUCAGUGGAAUCGUAAAUGCGUGUUAACCCUUUGCUGGCUGUAGCCCCUAGCUUUGUAAGUUAUUUGUGUUGUAGGCUCAGAACUGUGUAAUAUAUAGCAAGGUAUUAGUGAAUGUGUGUAUAUAUAUUAUUGUCUUCUUAUUAAUUUUUUUGUGAAAGAGAAGCCGCAGCGGCAUCGGUGAAGAGAAUUAGGGGGAAAAAAGCGGGCGAGGUUCUCUAGUAUGUUUAACGCUGAAGCUGCCUCUCCGCAGCGCCCUGUUUUUGCCGAACUCACGGCCCGAAACUAAGCGCCUAUAUGAACGUUGACACGAGCCCGCUUUUUACCUUCAAGCUCUGGGCCUCUUUAAUUAAUGUGCAGGCUGCUCGUCGUGUCGCCUCCCGCCGGUUACCUCCUCCAGCCGGCUGCCGCGUGCACUGUGUCAGUUACUACCGGGGGCGGUUGCGCCGUGCGUACGGUGCACAAGCCGCGAGUGAACGGGGCCUUAGAGUACGAGAGCACCCAGCAAGGAGUAGCCCAGAUACGCCUGUGUUCGAGUCUCAGUGAAGGAGGAGCGUCCACAUCUCUGCCUCUUGUAGCAUUGUGUGUGGAGGGAGGGCAGCGGCUCUUCGCAGUCCGCGUCCGCGCAUCUCAUGACUGACACCGUCUGAGCGCGCAGCAGUGAUGAUGCCGAUGAUUUUGACAGUUUACCUGAAUAAAGGCCAGCAGACACUGGCAGAGGUGCCAGUCACCCCAGAGACAACGUGUCGUGAUGUGGUGGAUCUCUGCAGGGCACCUGGCGAGAGCAGCUGCCACCUGGCUGAGGUGUGGAACGGCAAUGAGAGAGCCAUCCCCUUCGACCACCUGAUGUACGAACACCUGCAGAAAUGGGCGCCCAGGAGGCAGGAGGUGAAAUUCUUCUUGCGGCACGUGGACUCGCCUGCUGACACCGUGAACCAGGGGAGCCAGCUGUCACAGGACCAACCCAACUGGAGGAAUUCAGGCAACCAAGAUACGAGUUCCGAGAAUGGGGAGCAGCGGUUGCGCUACUUGAAGCAGCAGGAACGACGGCAGCAGCAGACUCAAUCUGAAAGUGAGAAGUUACAGCGCCUGAAAGAACGAGUUGAAAGCCAGGAGGCCAAGCUCAGGAAGAUUCGUGCCAUGAGGGGCCAAGUGGACAACAACAAGGUUCUGAAUGGAAAUCUGUCAGCGGAGGUAGAGCACAUCAACAGCAUGUUCCUGGAGAAGCAGCAUGAGCUGCAGGCAGCCAUGCUAAAAGUGGAGCAGCUCACACAGCAGCUGGAAGAGCUGCGUAGAGCAAAGCUGGGUGGACAGGUGCCCAACACAGCUGCCCUUGAGCUGCGCAGACUGUACCAGGAGCUGCAGAUACGCAACAAGCUCAACCAGGAGCAAAGUGGAAAGCUCCAACAACACAAAGACCUGCUGAACAAGCGUAACCUUGAGGUGGCUCUCAUGGACAAGCGCAUUAGUGAGCUGCGCGAGCGACUCCACAAGAAGAAGGCUGAGGCACAUCAGAAAGGAGAUGUCCCGUUGAACAAAAUCAACGAAGGCCCCACCCCACAAGCAGUGAUUGGUAGUUCAGGACGAGUAGCUGCUGUGGGGCCAUACAUUCAGGUACCUGUGUCAGAGCCUCUGAAACCACAGCCCUCCAAUGGUACUACUAAUGUCAGCCACAACCGCUCCAAAUCAGCUAGUGAAUCUGGCUGGUCGUCACUGAAACCCCCAGAAUACAAGGAGCCCAGCGACACAGCUGUGAAGAGUCGUCCCCCAGUACCCCCAGUACCCCCUACUGCUCCUGCAGAAAGGGGCUUAGAAUCCAGUAUGGUUGGCUCAGUUCCUUCUCAGGCCAAGCCUCUCCCCCCUCCUUAUGGCAGCUACACCGGUGUUGGUGCACUGUCCUCAGUGGGCUCUGCCAGCUCCCUGGAGCGCCCAAAGGAUGCCCCAUCACGUCCCCCCUGGCAGCGGCCUCCGGCUCCACCCGGGUCCUCCUCUCAGCAGAUCCAGCAGCGUAUCUCUGUGCCACCCAGCCCUGUGCCCCCUCCAGAAAGACCUGAUCCCCCACCAGCUGCAGCUGUGCGCCCUUUUGUACUGGAUAAGAGUGCAAGACCGCAGUCCCCCAGGAAGGCUCCUGCCAUGAUGAAUUCCAGUUCUAUCUACCACAUGUACCUGCAGCAGGCCGCACCCAAAAGCGGCCCUCCCUGCAACAAGCUUGCUGGCAAAGCCGUCUAUGGGAAGCCCCUCCUGCCCUCCAGCUCCCUGCCUUCUUCCCCUCAGCUUUACACAAGGGGUAUUCCUGUUCCUAGACCACAUGGAUGUGGAGAGGGAGACCAAGAGAACAACACAGCCGAGCCACCGCCUGGUGUGGAAAACCUCCCACGUCCCUUGAGCCCCACCAAGCUGACGCCGGUGGCACAUUCACCAAUGCGCUAUCAGAGUGACAGUGAACUGGAGGCCCUGCGGAAGAGACUAGCCAAUGCACCACGCCCCCUCAAGAAGCGCAGCUCCAUCACAGAGCCUGAGGGUCCCACUGGGCCCAACAUCCAGAAACUGCUGUACCAGCGCUUCAAUACACUGGCAGGUGGUAUUGAGGGUGGUACCACGCCUUUCUACCAACCUGCCCUCCAUCCAGAGUACAUGGGUGGCGCGCUGGCAGAUGUGGACAAUGGCAACCUGCUAGAUCUCUCCGGCCUGCCCCAAAGCCCAGCAGAGAUGCCUCUCCUCCAACCCCCACCACCUGAUGCCAAUGACAACCUGCUGCUAACCCCCUCUGCCAAUGAGUUGACUUCCCACACCACAGAGGACAGCAACAACAACCCCGCCAAGCCUGUAGAGUCACGCCUUGGUGCAGCACCUGAGGUCAAUUCCUCAGAGAAAACAGGCAGCCCUCCCAAGCUUGGGCAGUCAGGGGAGAAGCGUACUAACCUGAAGAAGCCUGACUCACUGCGGACUGGCCGUGGGCUACGAGUCCAAUUCAACCCCUUAGCCCUACUGCUGGAUGCCUCCUUGGAGGGUGAAUUUGAUUUGGUGCAAAGGAUCAUCUAUGAGGUGGAGAAUCCCAGCAAGCCCAAUGAUGAGGGCAUCACACCUUUACACAAUGCUGUGUGUGCUGGGCACCACCACAUUGUCAAGUUCCUGCUUGAUUUUGGGGUUAACGUUAAUGCUGCCGACAGUGAUGGCUGGACACCGCUACACUGCGCCGCCUCCUGCAACAGUGUGCAACUGUGUAAGCUUCUGGUGGAGUCAGGAGCUGCUGUCUUUGCCACCACCAUCAGCGAUGUGGAGACAGCUGCAGACAAAUGUGAGGAGAUGGAGGAGGGCUACACCCAGUGCUCCCAGUUUCUCUAUGGUGUGCAGGAGAAACUAGGUGUAAUGAACAAGGGAGUAGUGUAUGCACUCUGGGAUUAUGAGGCCCAACGUGUGGAUGAGCUGUCAUUCCGUGAAGGAGAUGCCAUCACCAUCUUGCGACGCAAGGAUGACACUGAGACAGAAUGGUGGUGGGGCCGGCUAAAGGACAAGGAGGGCUAUAUACCCCGCAAUCUGCUGGGGCUUUACCCCAGAAUAAAGCCUCGUCAACGUUCUCUGGCAUGACCCUAGUGUGCUCCGCACCACCUUUUGGGGACAAGACAGGAGCCCUGGGUGGCAGCUAGAGCUUGGCCCUGCAAUAGCCCUGAGCUGAACCCUCCGUGGCCUCCCAUCCCAGCUAGGUUGGGUGCACUUUCAUAUAUGAUAUUGAAGAGGAUACGCAAGAAGGGGUCCAGACACUCUCAAAAGCAUUCUGGGCAUAAAGCAGAGACUGAGUUGGGCCUGAUUAUAGCUUUUCUUUACGGCUUUAUAUGUUGAUUUGACUUUCUGAACGUGAAAGGUGCUUCAAAUGCAUUACCUACUACUGGUUGUUCAGGCACAUGCAGACAGUCCUGCGUGGUAUUCUUCCUCCUUUUGUGUUUCUUUUAGUUUUUAUUGUGUGAGCAUGGGUCGGCGUGGGGUUCUGUGUUGCAUUUUGCUAGGUGGCAGCUCAUUGGACAACUGAAUAAGAAAGCAAUUGGGGACUGUAGUGUGAGAGGAAGUUCAGUGUUUGGAGUGGAACAUCAGUUUAAUUUGCAAGAUCAUGGUCAGGAAUCAGGGUUGAAAAUAGUUAAGAACAGAAUGCCAGAAAGUCUGAUUCACAACCACUUUGCGUAUGUUGACAGAGUACCCUGAGACAUGGAAAUCUGUUCAAUACAAAGGCAUAUCUAUUAAAUGCCUUCAACAGCCAUACAAUUUUCACUCAGGAUAUGAUGCUUUUCCCCAAUUUGGUAUUGUGCGAUUUUUGCUGGGCUGUUCUGAGGAGUGUGUAAAAAUGGACCAUGACAAAGAAGUUCCUGACAGAAACAACUGAUCCCUUCUGAGCCUAAUCUGUAAACAGUGUGCACAAUAAAACUAUGCCUUGGCAUGACAUAGUAAUAACUCUACCUCUGUGUGUCUCUGUGAAGGGGAAUGGCUGUGGAUGAAUGGGGGGUGGAGGUGUGGUGGAUUAAACAUACAGCAAUUGCAUUCUUUAUAGUGACGCUGUGUACCUUUUG